UGGAGUCCCCGCCUCCGCGCUGCUCAGCCAAACAAAGAUACCCACCCGUGAGCACGUAUUAUUUUCAAAAUAUACCUGUAGUACCGCUAUAUUUACGUAGAAUCCCGUAAUGACAGGGCGCAGGAUUUCAUAAAGGUGAGACAUCCUGAAAUUAUAACCCUUUGUUUGAAGGACACGAAGAAAAACACGUUAAGUGGCUAGAGGAGAUCAGUGGAGGAGGAGCGCCCAGAGGUGGUGAUCCCGAGGCUACAAAGUGAGGGAGGCAGCAAUCAGCAUCACCUGACUACGCCUCCCACUGCUGCCUCCCUGUACCCGGCAUCUCACGUUGAUCGGAGGGCUGGCAGGUGGUGGACUGUGCAUCCAUCAGCUGGGCGUGUGGUCCUGGGAUGGGGGAGCCAGGGGGACUGGAAGAGGCUCUUCACCUCAGUGAGUUGUAUCAGUCCGUGCGUGGUGCCUUUGUGUAUUGUGUGGCGUGGACCGGCAAGGCACAUCAGGGGAGAGGAGGUGGCGUAAGAGUGAGUGAUGCAGCUGGCCCCUCUCAAGUUUCUCCAGGACUUCUUGUUGGCUGGUAGACAGCUUGGGCAGAUUUGAGGGUGGUCAGGGUGUCUUCAUAGUUGGUGUAGAGCAUCAUAGGUGCACCUAGUUUGUCUUCAGUGCUGCCUUCCCAGUACUGCCAGUCUUGUGCUCUAAAACUCAACACGCUGAUAAUGGUGACCCUAAGGCACCAUUCAGCACAUAGUGGAUCUACCUCGGGUUGAGGCAUGGCUCACAGUCCUGUCUCUGCUAGGUGAGCGACACGAGAGGAACUAAAGCCAAAUACAGAAGAGGAUUCUCAAGAGUCAUAGCUGACCUGUCUGAGAGAAGAGCUUAUAGAGAAGCAAGACAAGGAAAGAGUUUAUUUAAUGGCAAGUGAACCAUUUGAAGGAAGUGCCUCGAUGCUGGAGUCCGUCAGUGGAGGUGGCGGCGGCACCACCAGCAUGGCACUUCCUCCCAACUCCAUGAACAUGAACACAGUAUAUAUGGACCACUUGGUGCAGGUAGGGCAGACCGGCCACACCACCUGGUAUGAGUACAACACCUUCAACAACCUGCUGGUUGCCCCCACCAUGCAGGCACCCCAGAUUGCUAUUCCCCAGCACCAGCACCACACUCCUGAAAUGGUCACCACAGAGCUGCCAAGGCCCAAGCAACCAGCACCACGCUCCAAGCCCAGAACCUCGGCCUCAGAACGUAUGUAUUACUGUGAUGUGUGUGGUGCCUCUUUCUCCAAUUCCUCCAACCUGAAGUCCCAUGCCAGGAUCCAUUCAGGGGAGCGUCCUUACAUAUGUGAGGAGUGUGGUGUGUCGUUUGUGCAGAGCUCUAACUUAAAAGCCCACAAACGAACACACACUGGAGAACGGCCGUACACAUGCUCUGAGUGUGGCCAGACCUUCUCACGCUCCUCUCACCUGACAGGCCAUAAACGAACUCAUACAGGUGAGAGGCCGUACAUUUGUGGGAUUUGUCAGGAUUCAUUUGUCACAAGCACACACCUGAGAAAUCACAUGCGGAAACAUACUGGGGAGAGACCGUUUGCAUGUCAGAUCUGUGAAGCUGCCUUUGCACAAAAUGCUUCUUUGCAAAUUCACCUUCGUAUUCAUACUGGGGAGAGACCCUAUAAGUGUACUGAUUGUGCUGCUGCUUUCCGCUCUAAAGGGGACCUGAGGAGUCAUCGCAAGCUCCACACUGAUGAAAGACCCUUUUCAUGUCACAGAUGUGGGAAAGUUUUCAAAACCAAUCAGUAUCUACAGAAGCACCUAAAAAAAUGUGGUGCUCCUCCCACUGGUAAGAAGAGAGGACGUCCCCGUAAGAUACUCACAGCAGACUCAAUGAUCUCCAGCGUUUCCAAGAAAACAUUGAACAAAGCACCCCGAGGCAAGAGUAAGGCCAAGAGCAAGAAGGGACGGUCCAGAGCAAGGCCGACAAGAGUCACCCGCCACACAAAGGUUGAUGAACAAGGACAAAUCAUCCGAGAAGGAGACUUUGAAGAUGAUUCAAGUGAAGCCACUGAAGAAAUUUUGGCCUCUGAAAAGAUUACCAAUGGGGACAUUUUAGAGGAACCAUCCACCAGCUCAGAACACUUACAGCACCACCAAGAACAACAGAAGCACCAUUGUGUGGAGGCUCCAACACCUGACCCACUGGAGCACCAAAGAGAGGAAGUGCUUCCAGACCUGAAGAUGUCAAAUGAACAGUUUGAAGACAUCACAAGUAAUGGCAUUGAUCAGGUCACAGAUGUUGAUCAGACAUUACACAUUGCCCAUGUAGAACACAUUGAACACAUGCCAAUUGAGGCAAUGGAGCGUGUUGUGCAGGCCACUCACUAUUAACCAAGAAUGUUUGGUGAUAGAUAUUGAGUAGAUGGUAAGGGUCAUACUAUAUGGAAGUACAUAAAUGAUUACAUUGUGGUCAGAUGGAUGAUGUGCAUUGCUGCCAAUCCUGCCAUUCAUUCACUGGCUCACUUAUGACUAAUAGGCAAUACUCCAAUAGUGCAUCUUCAUUGCACAUUUUAACAUACUUUCCAGUUACUCAAAAAUUUGAAUUGAGAAACAUAGUACAAAAUGAACGGCCGUAUUGAUGGUGAUGGCAACAAUAGAAGGUGCUGACACCUGGCCUUUGCAUGGGGCUGGCUCCCGUUCCUGUGCGCUGCCUCGUGGCAUGCAGGCAGCAGACAGAUCAAUUUAAGAAUCAAUAAUGUCAGGUUGUAUACAUGCAUAUACUUAGCAACAAUUCUUAGAAGUAUUCAGAGACUUAGACAUACAUGAAGCUAUGAACUACUUUAUAUUUGUACGUAUGUAUUUUGAUAAGGAGAUUCCAUGUAUAUUACAUGGGAUGGAAAUCAUAAUUUUUGUAGCCAGAGUGUAUGAAGGCAGGUGCAAGUGUUAUAUUCACUGGUGCGAGUAUCAUUCUCUAACAAAUAUUUGGUUGUAUUUCUUGUCUUUUCAUACUUGUGUGAGUGUGGGGGGAGUUGCUAGUGUAUGUGUUUGGCUGUGUUAUAUUUUCAUUGUUGUUACCUGAAACACAUUGGUUUGAAAGGGAAGUCACAAGUACCAGGGAGGAAAGUAUCAGUUCAGUGUUCACGAUAGGUAAUGCUUAGUAACAUUAACAGAUCUCAUAACCUUUGUCUCACAUUGAAUAUUUAUCAGUCAUGACAUUUGGUAUCCAUUCAUGCAUAAUUACACCAUCUCCACAUAUCUUCUAUUAUUAUAAAAGUAAUUCAGUGAAUUCAGCUUUUCAGUAAAAUCCAUAGCUACAGUCUCUAAGGAAUCAGUAUUAUUAUUAUUAUUAUUUUAUUUUUAAAUUUUUAUUUAUUCCUGUAAACUCUUAAGCUAUAUUUGCCACAAUAUAAUAUAAUGGUGUGGUAAGUUAAUAUAUUUUUACAGUGGUGGUGCAAAUACUAUAGUUCCAUAUGUGAAGCCUGUUUAGGGUGGGGCAUACUGUGGUGAGACAAUCAAGGAGGACUUUGAGGGUUUAUGAACAUUCAGUGUGAGCAAUUGUGAUCCAUUUUCAGUGACCUGUGUCAGAGUGUUAUUUAUUGAACAGUGCUUGACACUACUUACUGAAGAUUUUUUUUGUAAUGUUGUCCUCAUGACUUGCCUAAUUACACUUUUUUGUUUUUAUUGAUUUGUAUGCUUCCUCAAAGUUUUGCUCAAAUUGAGUUUUGUCUUGAUUUUGCUAAAGUAAAAGUUGAGAAGUUAAGCAUGAAAGAGAACUGGAAACUUCCUGGGCUGUGAAAGAUGUGGAGCCCUGUUACUGUAGAAAGGAAAGAAAUUAUUGUAAGGAGAUGGAGGAAACUCAGCAGUGGAAUAAUUAUGUUUCAUGAUAUUAUGAUGUUUGGUGUCUGUUGAUUGUGGUGUGAAUGUGAUGAUCAGGUAUGAAUGCCACGGGUGAAUGUUGGAUAUGCUAGGUAUGGAAACCAGCUGAAAGCAGUCACUCACUGUUGACUUCCUUUUACUAUGCUUCCAUUAUCUUAUAUUUAUUUUCUUAUUGCAAAUCUAUUUAAUUGUGUUACCUGUCUAUGCCUGUCUGUUUUAAGGUGGUAGGAUGAUGGAGGUCGUUGUUCAGAUGUCACGAUUCUUAUAUUAAGGACAUGUUUCCAUUAAUAGAAAUAUGUAUUAAGUUUGGUUGUGAAGUUAUUUUAAAAUGCCACUUGCAUAAUUUUCCCAUGCCUGUGUGGAGAGCAAUACUUAUAACUGUACUGAUUUGUGCCACAUGCUUUAAGUUUCAUCAUUCUUAAAGGCAUGUAUGAGAACUAGCUUUACCACACUAGAGCAACAAAAACUUUUGUCAUUGGCCAAUUCAAAGUGUAGUUGUUGAGUGCAUAAUGCAUUUAAUCAGCAUAAUUUAUUUUUUUUUAAAUAUUAGUUUAUGAGUGAUCUUUGGGAAUUAUGAAAAAAGUGAAUAGAUUGAAUUCCAUCUCACUGGAGUCAUCUUAUCAUCAGGAUUCCAAAGACUAAAGGUUCACUCAGGCUUCAUUAUGUCAGGCUCUGAUAUAAAAAAAAUAUCAGUUUCAUUUCAUUCACCAUUUUUGGCAGUCACACUCAGCCUAGAGUAGUUCAAAAGACAAAUUGUCCAAAUUAGUAUUGUAUUUUUUACCACAUGACAUUACUGAGUGACAGCUUUUCAUUUUCUCAUCUUGUUGUGCUACUUAUUUAUUCAUAUCUUCAGAACUGAUCUCCUAUUAGAGUAAUCUGAAUCUGAGUAUUAAGUUGUAUAGUUACAAACUGCAUAACACUAAUGAGGAUUAAGAGCUGUUGUCAGGGAGUGUGCUGAUCCUGCAAGGGUAACACUUCCAUGCUGUAAAUGUAGUCUUUGUUCUACUUACCUACUGUAUGUAGGUAGGUGUCUUAUGUUACAGAAGACUUCUUUUUAUUAUCGUGAUAAUUAUUGUUCAUGGUUUGUUUAGUUAGUUAUUUAUGUGCACACCUGUUAAGACUAUAGAGAAAUUGAACAUACAGUAUUUCAGGUGAUAGGUUGAUACAAAUGUGUUAAGGGCUGUAGACUCGGUUGGCAGGCAUAUGACAGAGGGCAUUGGUCUAUUUAUUUUUUUUUUUUUCCUUUGUGUAAUUGUCAUUGAUAUUUAAUGUAACUAUUUAAAAUUGUGAACAGUAUAUUUUUCUAUUAUUGAAGAAUGUCAAUAUUUUUUAUUUAAACAAAUUUUCUUAUAUUUUAUAAAAGUCUUACCAUGCAAUUAUUUUUCUCCAUUUUAGCAGUAUUGUAACAGUUAAUCUUAUAUAGAUAACUUUUGUAUACUUGAAUUAAAAGUAAAAUGAUUCUUGUACA